GGUAUGCUACAGUUCAACUAGACAAAAGCAGCAAGGAGAAGGGGCACUAGCGCGUUAAAGACAAUAGAAAAAGAAUUGACUUGAUUUACGGAUUGCGACAUUAAUUUAAUCGUUUUCUCUUAUAUUUUCCUUGUCUUCUGUCCUUUUUUCUUUUUUACUUUUCUUCUUUUUUUUUUUCUUUUACCUCUUCUUAAUAUACCUUUUAUCAUUCGUGAACGAACAAUCGUGAAGGAAAAAUCGUGAAAGUAAUCGUAUUCUUUCUCGUGGAGGCGUCGUUUUCGUUGAAAAAGACAAGAAAAAAAGGGGGAAAAAAAAAAAGAAAAAAAAAGAAAUAAAUAAAAAGAAAAAGAAAUAAAACGAAGAAGAAAAUAAAUUCUUUCGACGAAAGUUCGAGUGUUCUUUUAUCGAAUUUCUUUCAAGGAAAAAUGACGAAAUACGAAAUGUGUGUUAAAUCGCGUCCACUGAUGACUCUUCUGAUCGUCAGUGUUCUCAUGACGGUUUUGAUACCCAAACCAACCGAAGCCAGACCUUCCGGUAUCAUCAGUAGACGCAAGAGAGUCUCGGAUCAGAGGCUUGCCGAAUUGGAAACGUUAUUGGGAUUAUCAAAGAUGAAGGGCAAGAUAAUAACUAUACCUAUUGCAUUUGGCGUUGUCGAUCCUGCGAAAAUAGGUCGCAAGCGAAGAUCUCCAACGGACGACAGUUCCAACAAAUUGCGAGAGACUCUGCAAAUAGACGGACGAGAUUCGAUUUUUCUCCCGGAAGAGAAUAAUGAGAUUUUAUCUCUCCCAUUGAAGGAUGCAAGCGAUCAACUAGAGAACGGGGGACAGUAUUAGUCUAAUUGGAUGUUGCAAUAUCGAUUGAAGGAGAAACAAAAAUCGAAGCAAUUGAGUGUAGCAAGAGAA